AUGCAUGCAGCGGCUGAAAUUGAAAAAAGCUAUGGAAGCAAGCUGACAAGGCUGGCAAAGAACCCCGGAGGGAAAGAUGAAAUUGGUUCCAUGAAACAGUCCUGGGAACAGUUUGUGUGUCAAACAGAGAAAAUUGGGGAGGCACACAUUGCGAUGUCGCAGGUGUUGUUGGAAGAAGUCAAACACAUAAGGGAAUUUCGUGAUUUACAACGAGAAAAAAGGAAAAAAAUUGAAGAUGUUAUUCUGGAGUCCCAGAGACAAAAGAAGGAUACAUAUAAUAAGACUAUGACGCUAAAGAAAAGUUAUGACAGGAACUGUAGAGAAGCUGAUAAUGCUGAAGAUCUGGCGUUAAAAUCCAGACUUACUGCAAAUGCCAAAGAACAGGAAAAGUUAAAUUUAUCUAAAGAAAGGAAAAAAACACAAGCCGAACAAGCAGACCAAGCAUAUCAAAGAUCUAUUGAACACCUUGAAGAAAUACGAAAGAAAUGGGAAAAAGAUUUUACACAGGGCUGUGUGAUAUUCCAGUCACUGGAAGAGGAACGGAUACAAUUCCUUAGAAAUGCUCUCUGGAUACAAACUAACAUUGGUUCAUCUUAUUGUUGUAAAGAAGACCAGUAUUAUGAAGAUGUCAGAAAACUAUUAGAGAUAUGUGAUGAAACCAAAGACAUACAACAGUUCAUCAAAAAUUCAAAUACAGGCAAAGUACCUCCAGCACCAAUGCAAUAUGAAAAUUAUUAUUUGCCUAAAAUUAAUUCCAAAAGUGCUGGUAGAGUUGGAUCUAUAAUGAAAACCCAGACAUCAAUUGGAAGGAGGCCACAGGAGCCACUACCAUCAUCCGUUGUCUCAACACUUCGAGGAACGUCUACUGUAGCUACAAGAGGGCCUCCACCCUUACCUGUGCAAAAUAACUCAAUGGAUUUUGAAGAUGAUCCAGCCUAUGCCUCUGUCUCUGAUAAAACAGAAAAAUUAGUGAAAGCAUUGUAUGCAUAUGAAGCCCAG